GUGUCAGUGUUCCCUUCCCUAUUCCAUUUCAAAUCCCCACGUUGAUGAAUUAGGCUUGAUAUUUUUGUUGUGUUUGUGGAUCCAUUCCAGACAUGGAUGAGUGUGUUUCCCAGCCCUGCCUGAAUGGAGGACAAUGUAAAGACCAGGUGAAUAGCUACAACUGCACCUGUCCUGUUGCCUUCACCGGGACACACUGUGAGACAGAGUUGGUGGUGGUCCAGGUGGAUUCAUCGUUGACUCCUCAAACUGAAAAUCAAACAGUGUCUUGUAAAGGGGAGGGCUGUGAGAACCAUCCGACCUGUGAAUACAUCGGCCCAGGGAACUACAACUGUACCUGCAUCCAGGGUUUCUAUGGUGACAACUGUGAAGGAGAGUGUCUGUGCCAGAAUGGAGGGGUCUGUGUGGACCAGGGACCUGUGACUGCACCUCAGGCUUCACCCGGAAUCUACUGUCAGUUUGAGGUGACCCAGACCCCAUGCAGUAACAGCAGGCCGUGUCCUGACGGAGGACCCUGUCUGGAGUACGGAGGAACCUACCUGUGUACCUGUCAGACAGGUGUGGCAGACCUAGAUAACAAGGACUUCUAUCCUCCCUAUG